UCGAGCUUUCAAAUACAUUCAUUCUCUCCAGUCCUCAAGGCUCAAACCUUCAGCUGGCUGUCUUUAGCUCGCUAGCUGCAUCUGGAAUCUUUUCGCUAUGAAAACCCAAUUCUGAACCUGUUGUUAGCUAGCUAUGCCUUUUUAAAGUGCUGUAGUCGCUAUCAGGUCGAUGGCUGAUUGGCUAGCAAAACAGCUAGCUAACGUUCAGCACUCGUUCAUCACCGACCGGCGAAAAAGGAACCGAAUAAGGCUAUGGAUUAACAGUAUAACUGUACUUGAGUUUCCUGUUUAGUCAAAAUAAUACGAGACAAAUAUAUCGAAAGAAGCAGAUAAUUGUUAAAGAAAUUCCGAUAAUUCAUUGGUCGUUGGCACCACAGUCGUUCCCACCAUGGUGCAGAAGUAUCAGUCACCCAUCAGGGUGUACAAGCAGCCUUUUGAGCUGGUGAUGGAGGCCUACGAGAGGCGAUUUCCCACGUGUCACCUGAUUCCCAUGUUUGUGGACAGCGAGGUGUUGGGGGAAACUGAGCGCGAGGACGGAUCCAUACACCAGGUCCAGCGCCGCUGCAAACUGGACGUGGACGCCCCUCGUCUCCUCAAACGGAUUGCGGGGGUGGACUAUGUGUACUUCAGCCAGGAGAACACUCUGAACAAGAGAGAGAGGACGCUCCACAUCGAGUCCCACAACGAGACCUUCUCCAACAGAGUCAUCAUCCACGAACUCUGCAGCUACUCGGCCCACCCUGAGAAUGAGGACUGGACGUGUUUCGAGCAGUCGGCCAGCCUGGACAUCAAAUCGUUCUUUGGCUUCGAGAGCACGGUGGAGAAGAUGGCCAUGAAGCAGUACGCCAGCAGUAUCAAGAAGGGUAAGGAGAUCAUAGAGUUCUACCUAAACCAGCUAGAGGAAGAGGGGAUAAGCCACGUGCCCCGCUGGACUCCCUCCCUAGAUGCUCCCUCCUCCUCCUCCUCCGUCACCACCAAACCUGUCUGUGCCACCCCGAAGCUCCUCCAGCUGGAGCAGCCUGUCACGCCCGCCGUCUCAAUCCCCGUGUCCACGGAUGCCAAUGACCGUGAGAUUGCCAAUGCCAGCAAUAAUGAUGCCACCCAAAGUGAUGCCACCAGCAACGAUGCCACUAACCAACCUGACGACCAGACAGAGAACCAGACGGGCACGCCUGAUGACAAGUUGGAUGCAGACUACAUCAAGCGUUACUUGGGAGAUCUGACGCCUCUGCAGGAGAGCUGUCUGAUCAGACUACGACAGUGGCUGCAGGAGAGCCACAAGGGCAAGACCCUUACCCUCACUCCCUCCUCUCCCUCCUCGCCACCUUUCCAGAUCCCUAAGGACGAGCACAUCCUUCGUUUCCUGCGGGCCAGGGACUUUAACAUGGAGAAGGCCAGGGAGAUCCUGUGUCAGUCCUUAACAUGGAGGAAACAGCACCAGGUGGACUAUCUGUUAGAGACGUGGACCUCACCACAGGUCCUCAAUGACUACUACACUGGAGGGUGGCACCACCAUGAUAAAGAGGGUCGUCCUCUCUAUAUCCUGCGUCUGGGACAGAUGGACACCAAGGGGCUGGUCCGAGCCCUGGGAGAGGAGUCUCUACUCAGACACGUUCUAUCCAUAAACGAGGAGGGCCUCAGGCGCUGUGAGGAGAACACCAAAGUCUUUGGCCGACCAAUCAGUUGUUGGACGUGUCUGGUGGACCUCGAAGGGUUAAACAUGCGCCACCUGUGGCGACCGGGGGUUAAGGCCCUUCUGAGAAUCAUUGAGGUGGUGGAGGCCAACUAUCCAGAGACCCUGGGACGUCUGCUCAUACUGAGGGCUCCUAGAGUCUUCCCUGUGCUCUGGACCCUGGUGAGCCCGUUCAUCGACGAGAACACCCGUAAGAAGUUCCUGAUCUACGCUGGAAAUGACUACCAGGGCCCCGGCGGCCUGCUGGACUACAUAGACAAGGAGGUCAUCCCUGACUUCCUGGGAGGAGAGUGUAUGUGUGAAGUCCCAGAGGGAGGCCUGGUGCCCAAGUCUCUGUACCGUACUGCAGAGGAGCUGGAGAACGAAGACAUCAGCCUGUGGACAGAGACUAUCUACCAGAGUGCCAGCGUCUUUAAGGGAGCGCCCCACGAGUUGGUGAUCGAGAUCAUCGACGCCUCCUCCGUGAUCACCUGGGACUUUGACGUGUGUAAGGGCGACGUGGUCUUCCACCUCUACCACUCCAAGCGCGCCCCCCAAACCCCCCGCAAGGACCCCCUAGUGGGGCAACACAGCAGCAUCACCACCCCCGGGGGGAACAACGUCCAGCUCAUAGACAAGUCCUGGACCUUAGGCCUGGACUACAGCAUGGUGGAGUCACCACUCACCUGCAAGGAGGGGGAGAGCGUGCAGGGUUCCCACGUGACCAGGUGGCCCGGGUUCUACAUCCUGCAGUGGAAGUUCCACACCAUGCCGGGCAGCGCCUCCACCAACCUGCCCCGCGUGGACGACGUCCUCGCCUCCCUGCAGGUCUCCUCACACAAGUGCAAAGUCAUGUACUACACAGAGGUCAUUGGCUCCGAGGACUUCAGAAUGGCUUGCUUUGAUGUUCAAAGUUUGGGCUCUAUGACCAGUUUGGAGUCGAGUCACAGUGGUUUCUCCCAGCUCAGCCACGCCACCUCCACCUCUAACCACUCCCAGUCCAGCUCCAUGAUCUCCAGGUAGAGGACUACAUCUGCCACGGACUUACAAUUCUCCCUCUGCUGAACUACAAGUCCUAGCUCCUCCAGCCUUCACAGUCCACACUUCCCGCCCUAACCACCUCAAACCUGUACUACUAUUAGUCAGUCACAAUGUGGAUCUGAAGCAUGCUUGCACAACAGAGGAUAAAGAAAAUGUCGGCGGUUGAAAAACUGAAAACAAAGACUUGUGAUUUAAAGGGCUCCUUUUUUCUUGCAGCAGGCCAUGUAUAUUUUUUUCCCAGCUUUCUCCUGGGCUGCUGAACAGAACGUUGGCAGAACMUUUUCUGCUUGRUGAGACUUUGGUAGGUGUGGGAAGUGUCGCACCCAUGGAGCGCAAUGCCAGAUCAAGCAAUUGUCACACUCAUUAAAGGAGCUGUGGGACUGGAUUAAAAACGGGAUGCGUCGAUACAUAUGUGCAUUAGAACACUUUACGCACAUGCACACUUCCAAGGUGUUGGUGAUACUGGAUGCGCUGUUACAUAAGAACAUGGACACUUUUUAUAGGUUGAAGAAACGGGAAGCGCUGUUACCUGCAGACAAACAUGCUCAAACAUAGGAAGACACACAAACUCACAUACUGUAUAGACACAAACCAUAAACACACCUGCAAUGACAUGCAGAAAAAUACAGUAUUUGCCAUAUCACCAGUGMGGUUUGUCUCUACCUGGUGAAUUGUUUAUAGGUCAGGAUUGGGGUAAAGCCGUAGCGAGGUAUCGUUUAGAAGCAAUAAGCAGAGUUCGAAUAUCAACUAUUGAAAUAAUUACAUUUCUAUUUAUCAUGAACAUUUUAUGUAUGGAGGUUUGUCCUCAUGGGUGCUAUAUGUGCAAUGUAUAGGUGACCUUCCAGUUCCCAGGUGACUAGAUGGACGGACAGACAGACAUUUAAUUUUCAUUUGGAGAAAUAGCCAGAAGAAAUUGCCYGAGGUUAUUUUUGAAAUUUGAAUUCACAAAUGGAAUUUGAAUUGACACAUUUUAAAUGUGUUCGCAAAUUCAUCUACACAUCUACUAGUCUUUUUUGGGCACAAGACACUUAACCAGUGAUUUACAUUUAAAUUCUUGAAUUUCAAUUACUCUGACUUGAAUUUGGAUUUCACCCCAAAAUGAGUGUUUACCAUCUGUCCGUCUGCAGGAAUGAACCUGACCCGUAGCUAGGUGUGGUUGUGGUCAUUGGUUUGAAUGUGCUACUGAUGGUCAGGUGAGCUUUUGCUAGCCAAUGGAAUUCCCCGAACUGUCAGGGUCACAGGUUUAGGUCAAACUGCUAUUCUUUAUAGAGGGGUAGAUAGAGAGGAAGGAAGUUAAUAAUAAUAAUAAUAAGUUAAUGUUUUUUUUGUGGUGAAGCUUAUCAUUUGCUACUGCGCCAUUCAUGGAAAUGUAUUGAUGCAUACAUGUACUUGGGCUAGUGCUGGUUGGAUUGUUAGUUUUCAGUGAAAGUGAAGUGGGUGGCUGCAUGUUCAUAUUGGGAUAUGGUUGAUUUGAUGAUUUUAGUUUAGGAGUUACCAUAGUAACUACUCAUGAGCCAUUUGUUAGCACCAUUUUAGCCUUUGUAACUAACCGUGUAUAUAAGAAAUAUAUCUGCUUGGUUAGGGGACACCUUUGCCUCGACUGAGCGAGGUGGACGAUGUUUCCAUUGUAAUGCAACGUACCCAUGCAAAUAAUGUUCUGGACAGCCACCGUGUGCUUCUAAAGCACCAAAGACGACGACAAAAAACUGUUCCGUCUUAUAGUUUCCAUGUUGUUUUUUUGUCAAACUAGUUUGGAGUGUUUUAGGGGAUAUUUUGUGAGCUUCAAGCUCACGAAAGAGACAUUGAACUUCUCUACAGAUUAAUGUCGGGCUGUUUCAAAGGUUCGGUAAGCUUUUGCCUUGCAUUACAAGCUGAGGCUCUCUCAAGACAAGUAAGCCCAUCCAGCCUGGUCAGUGUCACCAUGCUGCUGCUUGAUGUUAGAGGGCCAAAGACGUUGUUUGUUGAUGGGGCGUCGGAUCUCACUCCAAGGAUUAUCGGCCAAUCAGGCUAGCAGCACAUGUCUGUUUUUAACAGCUUUUUGAGAUGCUACUUUUUUAACGACGAUAACGAAAACCCCAAGGUCAAAGUGAACAGUCUAAUGUCUAACUGGAARAACAUGAAAUGCUUUGCUCACUGAGGAAAGGACCCGCUCAGAACGAGGGCUGUUCAGAAUGGACUCACUAAGUUAAUGAAUGAAUGGAAUAAMGAGUAACUAAAUGUCUGUAAGGGUGUCACCCAUGUCAGGUCUGAGGAUGUAUAGUUGUACUUAUUGUCUUCUGUACUCAUUUUAACCUUGAAGCAUGUCUAGAGAUAGACUAGCGUAGUUUCCUACUUUCCAGCUCUCUAUCAAAGGAAACUCAUGUCCACAAUGUGUAACGUGCUCAACGGUUCACCAAGCUUUAGAGAAAGGUUCCAGUCCUGGAUAUAUCUCUUUGAACACGACYUGCGUGUGAGACGAGACAAUGUUAGUUUUUCCUUUAGCUGAGAUGGAACAGUGCUUUAGAWGUGGCUCACUGUUGUUUUAAACCAGAGGCCGAUGUCUUCAGUUACCUGUCAGUUUCAUCAACUGACCUCAACAUAAUGUCACUGCUACUACUGAAAUGUAUCUGCUAUGUAACCUGCUUUGCUCUACUUGUCAACCUUCACUUUUUCUUAUCUCAUUUACCUAUGAGGGCUCUUUCUGUCUUGUUUGUCACCAACCAUAUCCUGAUUUCUCCAUUUCUCUCAUCUAGCCUCCCUUCCUGUAAGACAACGAUAAUGUUGCAUAUCUUUAUUUCCCUUGAAAUUCAUAAUUAUGUUUAAAGAAAGAACUUCAAAUUAAUAUAAAAUAGCGCCUUUCCAAUUUUUCAAACCAUUAAACUUGAAUUARGAGAAUUAAAAGUUGUCCUGUUUGUGUAA